AUGAGGUUAAUGGAGGGGGCAAACUACGACCCGCGGGCCCCAUGCAGCCAGUGGGGCCUUGUUCGCCAAAAGAAAAGUCGUCAACCAGACAUUAAGACCAAAAAAGAAGCCAUAAAUCUUAAAAAAAAAAUUCACCCCCGGAGAAAGUUUAAAAAAGAAAAUUACACGAACAAAGAUUAUGAAGAGAGCGAAGAUGAACCUGACGGGUUCGACGAAGAAGGAGACAACGUGCUCGUGCAGUUUAUAGCGGGAAAUAUGAUGCAAUCUUCUUGCAUGAGCGCUGACGAUGAGUCAAAUGUGGAGGACCAGCAGGCAGGUUAUUCCAAGGAAUAA